AUGGCUGGCUUAAUCAGCACAACACAAAGAUCAGAGAGCCAGAAUAGUUUUUUUGGUAAUUUCAAUAGUCCAUGUGCUACAUUGGUUGAGUUCUGGUUGCGUUUCCAAACGGCUGUACAACAACAAAGACAUGCUCAAAGCAGUUUGAACAAAGAUAACGACACUUCCUACCCUCAACUUAUCACCCCUUGGCCGAUCGAAGCAAGCGUCUCUAAAGUAUACACCCAUGUAAUCUUUUACCUAUUUCAAGAAGAAGUUAGUGCAGCAUGUUUCACAUGUGGUCAUGCAAGGUCUGAAAUUAGGGAUGGAAUGGAAUACAUUACUGUCACUGAAGAUAGAAAGAAGAAGAAUUAUGAGGUCACUUUAGAUCCAAUGACUUUUGAUGCCAUAUGUUCAUGUUCACUAUUCGAGAGGGUUGGAUUGAUAUGUAGGCAUGUUCUUUGGGUUUACAAGGCCAAACAUUUGAAUAAGUUGCCCGAUAAAUAUAUCCUCACUCGAUGGACGAAGGAAGCACACAAAAGUCAUAUUCAUGAGUUUGAUGAAAAUUUUCCUAAAGAUUGUGGAAAGGUAGAAAUGAAGCAGAUAAAAUUAGGUGAAUUGUGGAAUGAAAUAUAUACAACCAUUGGUCUCGUUGAAGAAAGGGAUGAGGAUAUUGAUGCUCUAAUUGAAAAUCUAAGAGGCUUCAAGAAAUCCAUUAAAUCGGGUGAGGAUAAUACGUCAAUGACAAAAGACCAAGUCAUUCAAGAAUUGAUAGGAUGUAGUGCUCCAAACGAGGUAACUAUAAAAGUUCCUGAGAAAGCCAACAACAAGGGUAGGAAGAGGCUCAAAUCUGUGAAAGAAAAGACUAUUGAGAAGCAACAAAAACCACUAAGAAGGUGUCGUCUAUGCAAUAAAAUGGUCAAUCAUGAUGCAAGGAAUUGUCCUUAUCGAAGUCAACAAACUUAA